UCCGCAGACCUGCUCUCUGCGCCCUGCUCUCUCAGAACUCACUGAGGGGUGGCCCGGAGCUGACCCUGCCCCCUCCUCCUCCUGCAGACCUGGCCCUGCCCCUGCCUGGGACAAUGGAGGAAGUAACCUGGGGACUUCUCCUCCUGCUGGCAGGCCUGCCUGCCUUGGAAGCCAAUGACCUGGUUGAUCAAGACAGUCCCUUCUACUACGACUGGGAAGGCCUCCAGCUGGGCGGGAUGAUCUGCGCAGGGCUCCUUUGCCUGGCUGGGAUCUUCUUCGCAGUGAGCGGGAAGUGCAAAUGCAAUUCUAGUAAGACGCACAGCCCCUUACCUGAGAAAGCCACUCAGCUCAUCACUCCAGGCUCUGCCAAUGCCUGCUGAGCACAGGACCAGCUUCCCGGAUCCCACACACGUCUCUCUCCAGACAUUGACCCUCUCUGCUGCUGUUCCCUCCUGCUUCGGGCCCUUAACCUCCAGGAUGGUCUUCCUUCUAGGGGUGGACCCUCAGGCUCCCUUCUGAUGGGUGGAGGGCCUCUACAAAUUCAUUUUAUAAGUUAAAAGGAU